AUGAGGAAGAUUUCUUACUUCUACGAUCAAGAGAUUGGCAACUACAAGUACGCCCCAGGCCACCCCAUGAAGCCCCACAGAAUCAGACUCACGCACUCGCUUAUCAUGAACUAUUCAGUGUUCAAGCGCCUCAACGUGUACUCUCCCAUUCCUGCGUCUUUUGAUGAUCUGACUCGCUUCCACUCGGAUGACUACGUGCAGUUCUUGCAGGAGAUAAAGAAAGAGAACGCAGACACAAAGGAAAAAGAGCUGGCCAAAUACAACAUGAUAGAAGACUGUCCUGUAUUCGAGGGAGUCUACGAGUACUGCCAAACCACCGCAGGAGGAUCUAUCCAGGGUGCCACACAUCUGAACGAGGGAAUAUGCGAUGUCGCGAUUAACUGGGCAGGAGGCCUGCACCACGCCAAAAGAAGAGAGGCCUCGGGGUUUUGCUACGUGAAUGAUAUUGUCCUGGGCAUACUGGAGCUCCUCAGAUACAACGAGAGAGUGAUGUACAUUGACAUAGACGUGCACCACGGGGACGGGGUGGAGGAGGCGUUCUACUGCAGUGACAGAGUCAUGACUAUUUCCUUCCACAUGCACGGCGAGUUCUUCCCCGGGACAGGGGCAGUAUCUGACGUGGGCAUAGAAAAGGGCAGAGGAUACAGCAUAAAUGUGCCUUUGAAUUCAGGCAUCGAUGAUAUGACGUACUUAUCGAUCUUUAAGCCUGUGGUUGGCUCUGCAGUGGAGAAGUAUCGGCCAAAUGUGAUAGUGCUGCAGUGCGGUGCUGAUUCCCUCGCUGGAGACAGGCUGGGGUGCUUCAACCUAACGCACAAGGGACACGCAGGGUGUGUGGAGUUCGUUAAGUCUCUGAACAUCCCCCUCAUGAUCCUUGGGGGAGGAGGAUACACUAUCUCCAACGUAAGCAGAGUGUGGGCGUACGAGACUGCAGUGCUCGCAGAUGUUGAUGUGGCUGCGGAGAUACCGUACACCGAGUACUUCGAUCACUACCACCCGAACUACACGCUCGAAGUGCUUCCCAUGACCAUGGACAACCAAAACACGAAGAAGUACAUAGAAAGAAUCCAGGAGGAGGUGCUGGAGAACAUUCGAGAGAUGGGCGGAAGGCCAUCGGUGCAGAAUUUGCAGACAAUGAAGUCUCUUAUGACGGAAACUGCGGAUGAAACAAAUGAAGAAAUGUGGAGCAGAUUGAAAGAGAGAAGGAUAUUCAAAGAAAAAGAUGCAGAUAACUCAGACAACUUCAUUGAGUAUUCUUUCGAAGACGAGACCAUUCGGUCUUCCUAG